AUGUUGCUACCAUUCGUUGUGGCCCUGGUUACAAUGGCGCGUCUCGCCUCGGCGUAUCAAGUGGGAGAUUACGUGCCGUUGGCCAGGAAGGGACAGUUUAACAAUAUGCGGACGCACUGGCACGACGCCAUUGGACGGCACUGCCCGCGAUUCGGCAUCAAUCGAGAGGUGGCUCUUCCCAUUCCGCGCCCUGUGGGAUUUGAAAUGGCAGAACACUCGUAUAAAAUGUCUCUGUCGGUGGGCAAUGAGAAGUUUGUGACGCCGUGGCUGCUUGUGAUUGGACGGAAGAGCCAGAACGUGCCGCUCAUUGAAGUCACCCUGACCCACUUUGCAGGAGAUCUGAGGGGAGUGCAGGCGAAGGUGCACAACUUACCACAUGAAUACCUGGAGCGGCAUCGGCAGCUGGCUCUGGAGUUCAGGAACGAGUCGCACUGGCCCAAGCACGUGCUCAUGAAAUACACGUGGCUCGAGUAUGCAGAGGUGGACGUCACAGCAGGUCUCCUCGUGCUCUUCGCCUCGACCUUCAUUCUCACAACCUUUCUUGCUGUUUACAUUCUUCAGUCCUCCAAAGACAAGCUCGCAAAGUUCAUGAACGAGCAGAUGGCAGAGAGCGCUGCAGCAGUGCCAGGAGGAGGAGAGGUUGCCAAGGUGGACUGA